AUGGUUCAAAUCAGGAAGAACAAGGAUAAAUACGCCGCUCGAAACUUAGCGGGGUCUCAACUCCUCGGUCUCGAUGACGAGGAAGAGAAGCUUAGAGAGUCAGAGCACGCUAAAAACACGUACCAUGGGGCAAGGGACGAGGAAGGCGGCCUCCCCGGGCAGGUAAGGAAUCCUGGCGACGAGGACGCCGUUGUAGACAUUCAGAAGGAGUUCAGGGAGAAGUCCAAGGCGAAGUUGGAUAUCGGCAUGGUCGCCGCGGGAGUGCAGGAGAUGCAGAAGCACAAGAUAUUCAUGGAACCGUCACCUUGGGUCAUCUCGCCGAGGUCGAAAUACAUGCGGCGGUGGGACAUGGUGACGCUCGUCCUGCUUCUGUACACCGCCGUUGUUACCCCUGUGGAGGUUUCGUUCAUGGAUACAAAGAUCGACACUCUUUUCUGGAUCAACCGCGCUGUGGACGGACUGUUCGUCAAGGACAUCGUGCUGAACUUCUUCGUCGCCAUCUACGACCCGGAAGAUGGUCAGCUGGUGUUCCACCACCCGACCGUGGUCAGGAGUUACCUCAAAGGCUGGUUUCCCAUCGACGUCGUCUCUGUUUUCCCCUUUGACCUGAUUGCGUUGUUGAUGAACACCAGCAGCGUGGGCAGGAUGAAGGUGCUGCGUAUUCUGCGCCUUUUGAGGCUUGUCAAACUCCUACGCAUCCUGCGCGCGGCGCGCAUCUUCGCUAGGUUGGAGACCCAGUACAACAUUGACUACUCCAUGCUCGAGCUUGUGAGGUUCGCGGUGCUCGCGCUGGUGACAAGCCACUGGAUGGCGUGUGCGUGGGGACUUGUCGCCGACCUGGAGGACAGCGAAUACAAUUGGAUGAAAUACACCGCGUUCAACACUUUCCACGAAACCGGCAAGCUGGAGGUUGGCCAGGAUCCAAGAGGGGUGGUGAGCACGACUGAUAUCUACAUCGCUGCGUUUUACUGGUCAAGCAUGACGAUGACCACCAUCGGUUUCGGCGACAUCCUGCCGAGCACGCUGAUCGAGAGGAUCUUCGUCUCAUUUGCCAUGUUGGUCGGAGCGUUCGUGUACGGUUACAUCAUCGGCGCCGUGUCGAACGUGAUUUCGACCAAGAAUGCGAAGAAGAACGACUUUUACAAGCUCAUGGGCGAGCUCAACGCUUUUCUCAAGGAGGGCAGGUGGGACCAUGACUUGUGCAUGCGACUGCGCGAGUAUUUCAAGUACCGCCUGGCGUCCUCGCAUGUGGACGCACACACUGCCUUGCUGCAGCAGAUGUCUCCCGCGCUUAGGGCGGAGAUCACGCUCGGGAUGAACACCUGGAUCACCAAGGUUGACUUCUUCCGCAAGUGCCCAGAGGCGCUCGUCAUCCAGCUCACGAUGAACAUGAAGCAAUCUACCUACCCCCCGCAGGAGAAGAUAUUGGUGCCUGGCGACUGGUGUGACAAGAUGUUCAUGGUGCGUAAAGGUGUGGCGAUAUGCCGACAGAAGAUUGUGACCACAGGCCAGGUUUUCUGCGUUGAGUGCCUGUACAAGGAGGGCAAGGUUUCGUACUCUGCGCACGCAGUGACGUUUGUGGAUCUGUUCUCCUUUGACCGCAACAUGCUCGUGGGCGCGCUCCAGUACUUCCCGGAUGUGCAGAAGCACUUCCAGAGACUCUCAAUUAAGAUUGUGUUCCGCGAAGAGGUUAUCGCUUACUCCAAGGCGUUCAGGGCCCUCGAGGAGGACGGUGUUAAUGCCAAUGUCUGGGACAAGAUGGACGAGCGACCGGAUUUUUACCUCAAGAAGCUUCGCAUGAUUUACGGUGAUGACGGCUUUGGCAUGCGAUACGACGGCGCCAGCGAGCAGGAGAUGAAAGAGCGGGCGGCGAUCAAGGUGCAAAAGGUGUACCGCGGGUAUAGGGGUCGGGUGCUGAGCAAGGUCAAAUCCACGGAACACGGCACGAGCGGGGUGAUGCCGAACAGCGUCAGGAGCAUGGAUCCCACCAUGUACACAGCGCGGGCCCUAGACGUGUUUCACCAUCGCGCGGGUCAGUCGCUGCACGCGCUUCACCUCAAACUCGACGCGCUGCUAAACGGCACCGAGCCGAGGAAGGAUCUAGAGCGCGACGUCCACGACAGGUCGCGCAGCGAGCUGUUCAGCACGCCGCUGGAUGGGUCUGGGAAAAAGGCUGCCGGGAUGUCCAGCCUGGCGAGUUUGGCUGGGAAUCCCGCGGGAUCUUCCUCGCUGCCCCCCGUGACGGUGUCGAAGGGAAUCGGCGGGAGUGCCGCCGUGGAUGCUGUCAAGAGCGAGGUGGACAAGCUGCGUCGCGAUCUGUUCGACAAGCUCGACAGGAUCAAGGUCACCGGUGGUGGCGGCGAACAGGUGAUGAUGGGCGGUGCCGAGGACACUCAGCAGCUGGCUGUGCUUGUGCAGUCGCUCGCUGAGCAGGUCGGUUCCAUCACUCGCACGCUCUCGCAGAUGUCAGACGCGCAGCGUACGUUCCAGGAACGGUCACAAAGGACCAUCUUGGGUCAUCUGGAGCAGGCACAGACGAGAAUGGCGGAGCAGGUGGCCAAGACGAUGGGCGGCGUGUCGCGCCCGACUGCCGCGCCGUCCCGGGUGUCCCCCGGAGGUGUUGCAGAUAUGACGGAAUCGGAUCUGCCACCAUCACGAGGCUACGGUGGGCAAUACGGUGGCACAUCCGGAGGUGUAGCGGGCGUUGGAACCAGAGCGCUGCAGAGGAGGCCGCUGGGGGGAAGCACCCCACCCGCGCGGCCCACUCAGGGUUGGUAACGAGAACCCUCAUCAAAAAUGACUCAAGUAGCGCAACGCAUUCAACUGCGAGUAUAAUGUAACUAUAUUCAUACCCAC